CCGUUGUUGAUUAUCUGUGAACCGAUCAAGCAUGAGCUCAAGAGGAAAACGAUCAUCUAUCCUUAAAAAACAGCAAACACUACCACCUACAUCCAAUGGGCGUGCUAGUCCGGUAGCAUCACUGUCUAGUGCGUUUAAAAGCGGUAGAAAGAUCGAAUUUAACCGUAAAAAAUCCGUCAAGGAAUUUUUGGUCGGGGAAGAUGUGGACACUAUCUGGGGCAAUUCGUACGAAGUGUCCACCGACGGUACUCCUUCCGGUGGGCUGGACGAUGCAACACUAGCCAAUAGUACCUCCCCAAGCAUAACGAUCGAUGAGCAGAAUAAGGAAAAUCGAUCACAUAAUCAACCUGCCACGGUUGGGGACGAUUCGUUGCGGCGUAAUUCAAUUAACGCCAUCAACACCAGCUGGGAUCUAUCGAUCACGAUAGCGGACGAUGAAAGACGAAGAAUACGGAGCGAAACGUCGGCCGUUUUCUCGCAAAGUCUAAACACAACCGAACGAUUGCUGGUGGAACCGUUUGCUGUACCGCAGGCUCCCGGUAACGUGAGGAUAAAGUUGAACGGUUUGCCAGUGCCUGAUGACACCGAAGUGCAGGCAAUGGAUAUAAGCCCGAUCAAGUCGAACGUUCUACCAUCACCAUCGAAAUCGCCCAGGAAGAUGAUUUACACCUUUCCUAAGCAAGCCAUGUUCGUGGAAAUAAAUGACGUUCCGAGUGUUAAUGCGACGGAAAAUUCGGCAUCGCUUCGACCAUCCUGGCGUACCGCUACAUCCGGAGCGGGCAGCUCAUACAACGAAGUGUCGGAAACAUGGAACUCGCACCCACAUGCCGCUUAUCAUCAAAGAAUGCUAGCACAAGCGCCGGACAGUACGGCGGAUACGGCAAACAUUAGUUCCGAGGUGGACACAACGAUCGCACUUACAAACGCCAUGACGAAAGUGCUUCAAUCGUGCUCGAACGAAUCAAUCCAAAAAGCGGUCGCCAAUAUGGAUCUGGACGAAUCGACGACGACAACCAUCCCGACAAACGCGCUGGCGCGUGCUAGACCUUCGUUUUUACCGUCCAAUCCGCGUGUCGAUUGUGUCAAUGAAUCGCAACUCGAUGUUGGUGCCGAUCGAACGCCAAUAAGUACUAGAGAGCAGGAAAAGGACAUACCGUCAGCAGAUAUAUCAUCCCCAUUGGAAGGACACGCCGUACGUGAUAGCUUAUCGUUUGAUAAUCUUUCACUCCUGAAUGAUAUUAAACAAAGGGAAGAAGAUACACACAAACUCGAUUCCUUGGAUCAGCAGCAAAGCCAGCAGAUCGGGAUGGAAAAAUCUUCAGUAGAAGGUAAGCGAGAAACGCUUACAAUUGAUUUUGGAUUGUCUUCUUUAAGCAUGAACGGGAGACCUAGUUCACCCGAGAUCCCGGUCGUUAUUGAGCCAAGAAUACUACGUCCACCACUGCCACCUCGUAUGUUGCUCGAGCUCGCUAAUGAUAAGAAGGAGAUGAAGAAAAUGGACGUGAAAAACGAAUCCGAUACUCCCAGAAUGACUUUAAGUCGCCAGAAAGCACUUGUAAUCGAAGAUCUGGAUGAAAAUAGGGCGGGCUACAAAAAAUCGCUCGUUCCGAUGGAUAUCUCACCGAGAGGAGAACAACACAUCACCAGCAAACCAUCCCGUACUUCGAUUCAUUCGCGAAUGACAGCUAACAUGGUAGAAUCUCCAGAGCAACCACGACAAACCAAUCGCUCAACGGUUUUCCUUUCUAACGAGAUCGUGCUGGACCAUCAUGUGGGAUUCCUCGGUAAGCCACGCGAUACAGUCGUGUGCGAUGAAAAAAUGGAACUGACGGCAUACGUUACUCCCACACGACAUACCGACUACGGGCACCAGGAACUCAUACUGGAUGAAAUGACAGGAAGAUUUAUGAAACGUUCGACCGUUCUCGGUACCAUCUCGAUCGAUGAAUCCUCUGCGGAAUGUUGUUCUCCUCAUUCACCCCAAACAGCGCUUAACAACUAUCGAAAAACGGUUUAUCCUUUAGACCGAAUAAUUGAAGACACGAAAACUCAUCCCGAUCGGCAAACGAUCGUUUGCAACGAAAGUAUGGCGCUGGAUAAGUGUGCAACGCCUACGUCAACGAAAUCUGGUAAGGAAUCUUCUUCAAUUUCGUGCGUUGUUUAUGGACGGAACGUGGAUGAGCUUUCAAUCCACGCUACACGCGGCAAUAAUGUGGUGGAUAUGACAUUUGCUCGUCCAACUUCACUUGCUUCCAAUUGUCGUCGUACCUUAAUGCAGGAGGAAAAUAUGGCCAUAGCGGAAGGGACAGCUAGUAAUAGUUCUCUGGCCACAAGAUCAGAACGCUUAACGACACAUGCUCCACAUGCGAUGGAAGAAACCGAAACUACCGUGGAAAUUUGCCCGAAGAAAAGCACUGGCACCAAUACCCGGAAGAGCAAUGUUAAUGCGGAAGCCAUGGAGCUAACUUUGGUGGAAAAAUCGAAAUGCAUACCGGAAGAAUUUCGAGAGGUUCGGCACACAAUGUACGCCACUGAGGUAAUGGAUGAAAGCAAAGUAGAGCCUGCUUUGUGCGUGCGGAUGGAUACGAUCGGGCACGCUGAGUGUGUGGAUCUUUAUAAGCCACCCGUCAUGCAAAAAUCAAGAAUCCCUCGACUGAAAAGCCAUCUGCGGGAGGAUAUGCAGGACAUUCCGGACAAGCCAAGAUAUUCCAUAUACGAACGGGCCGAUAUGGACGUUACGAAGGUUGGCGAUCGGUCGGAAUUGCAAUCGGACGAAAGAGAUUCGACUGUCCAUUUGAGGAGUCAAAUUAAAUCGAGACUUUCCGUGUACAACCAAGAACCCAUGAACGCUACCAAUAUUUGUGAAGAUCAACCCAAUUAUACCUUCCUGGGACGAGAAUCGAUUGCGGGCGAUAACGAAGAUGUCCCACCUGUCACUGAUACACACGACAAAACUGUUAUAAUGGAUGAACAAGAUAUGAAAGUCAAACCUAGACAUACCACACACCUACAAGAAGCGAUGUACAUCGAAGCUCCGAACGAUAUUACUAACUACAACACCUUUUUGGAGCAGUAUGAAUCUUCCCAUGCCACUGCUACAACGCACCAGAUGGACCUUUUGCAGGAGAAAGCCUUCAAUUCUACGCGACUUUCCAGGGCAUGCGAACGGGAGGAUGAUCGCUCAAGGUCGGUAAUUCAUACGAGACUUUCAUCGUACCGUGUAGAGGCGAUGGAUGAAACCACUGGCGAUCAGAUAACACCACCGGAUCAGAUUUGCCCGAUGAAUAUGCCAGAGAAAAAACCAUUUUCCAGAGCAGAGCUCGAUUCUCCGAUGCAUAUGUCACCGGUUAUAGAUAUUGCCCGCAAAUCAGUAGGAGGACACAACUCUAGGAAAACCGUUUAUUAUCCGGAAGAAUUGAAUAGUGAGCCAGAGAGUCAGAUGCGAAAAUCUGACCUACAAAGAAUAGCCAAGCAAAGCGAUCCGAUCGAUAUGGAGGGAAUUUCAGUGCUCGAAAGUGACGCAAUUGAUCCGAAAAGUGAAAGAGAUGCUGCUGCUGCUGCUGCUGCUAUGCGUGGGACAAUUUUCUUCAAUAAUCGUUCCGCAGGUUCUGUGGAACCAAGCACUAAGAAGCAAUUAAGUAAUCGACUCUCGAUUUACGACGCAGCGGCAAUGAUCGAAGAAACUGUGCCGAUCGAUUACGCUAAACUAAAGCAACGACAAGCCUCAAGAAUUACGAGCGCAGAGCGUAAAAGUAACGAUUGUAUGGAGGAAACGAUCGUUCCGGAUAACAUACGGGUGGAGCGUGAUGCAAAAUACGUCCGACAAUCGGUUGGUAAAAUGGCAUCACCUAUCGUGUGUCCUGCGGAACAUCCACCGGCUAUCGAUCCUUAUCUGCAACACGACCCUGGUACACCAGUGUAUGGAACGGAAGAAACAAUGGAAGUGGCGACUGCGUUAAUCAAAACGUCCAAACAAAUAAUUCGAAGCAGACAAACGAUCCAUCAACCUGCAAGUAUGGAUUUGACGCUGGUUGACAGAGGAACUGUAACACCACCCCCUGUGUCAGCUCACCGUGUUACUAUAUAUGAUGCGACUAAAGCGAUGGACGAAACACCACCAUAUAAAGGCCCGGAAAUAGCUAAAAAUGCUGCCCAGCGACGAACUGCGCGUCAGACAAUUUUAAUUUCUCAAGAUAUGGACGUCGAAGACGUGGAGGAAGACAAGAAGGUGGAACAGGAGGAGCAGCAACAGUCCUUCACUCUAUCGAUGUUGCCUCGUGAAACGACCGAGGAUUGUAUCCCUCGCUCGGCAUCGAUCCUACCAAAACGAACAUUUUCCAACAUUCCACCGUCGCUUGACAGCUGUUCCGAGGUUAGGAAACCCAGUCUUCCGGACUAUGGUCCAGAGAUGAAUCGUCAGCUGUCGCAAACAUCCGAAAGGCAAACUGUAACCAGGAAUGAUUCACGUGCCUUCCACGUACAAGAUCUUAGUGACAUCUCCAUGUCUACCUCGACGAUGCAGCCAGAGCUAGCGAUCCCGUGCAUCGGAAACAUUACUGCCGGUAUGAUGAGUAUACGCGAAUUACCGGAAGCCUUGCCUUCUGCAUCGUUCCAAGAGCAGAGCAAUUCCGUGUCCGUUAUCUGUCGUGUUCAAGACGUCCAAGAAGAACCGAUCGGUCAUCACACGAUGGCAUUUAUAUCGACACGACCAAACAACGGCGCAAGUGAUGAUGAGUUUUACGAUGCGGAAGAAGGGGAAGCAGCAACUGAUCCUCUAUCGCUGACGAAAUCACGCCAUCUAACGAUGAAGUUUAUCGAUGUGGGGCAGUUGGAGCAGACCGGAUACAGCACUGUGGCGCCAGUUCCCGGUCCAUUUACAGCAAGUAAGCGGGUUCAUGCUCAAGUUCUUAACUCACCGUUUUUCAACCGUCCUACUGAGGAGGACCAGGUGGUAGACCCACUACAAAUGACAAACUUACGACAAUCGCUACAGAUGGAUGUAGAGCAUACACCGCAUGGUCCAAUCAAAAAGCGUCCCCGAACUUCCUUUGAAAUGCAACCUCAAAAGGAAAUUACUGUUGACGAUCCAUCUCCAACGCCUGAAGCUGCCCCGGCGGACGUUGAAGAACUCAUCAUCAAAGAAGAACGACAAACGCUAGCAAAUUUUCCAGCGCACGAAACACUCAUUCACGAUCCAUCCGUGUUUGUGAUGGAAGAACAAAACUUACUAGACGACGAAUCGGAUAUUGCGUGCACUUCCCUGACAGAGGAGCACGAGAAUGAACAUUUUUCGAACAAGCAAUCGUUAACGCCACCACCUUCCUCGUCACGACCACCAGCAGUGUGCAAGCUUACGGAGCUAUCGUACUACAAGAACUUUGCUAACUUGACGAUCGACACGUUCGAUUCGGGUAAUGAGGAGGCAUCGCUAACACCCGACGAUAUGUCCGAUUCGGUAGUACAUCAUCAAGAGCAAGAAGAGGCGCUUGUGGCAGAAUGUAUUUCCGUUAGCGAUGAAGAUUCGCUUAUCGUUACACCACCAAAGGUACCGCUAGCGAGUCAUGGGCGUGGAAUAUUGGACGGCAUUUUGAACUUUGCCACUCGACCAGCGGGCGAGGAGGAUGUACUCGAAUCGACCAUUGCCAGUGAGAUUAUGUACCAAAUCCGGCAGAAGCAUCCGAUCGUGAGGUAUCCUUGCUGUGGUAUGCAGACCGAGUGUCUUUGCCGGAUGCGUAGAGAGCUGAAGCGCCAACAGGAGGUGUCGAAUGUGGUGUGGAAUCGAUGGUGUAGUAAGUUGGAGACGAUUAAGCAACGCAUACCGAAGGUGCCGGAUGAGUCGAAGCGAAAUGAGGAGAAGCUGUGUCGAACGAUCGAGGAACAGAUUGAGGAGUUGAAUUGGAGGUUGCUGCGUGGCAAGUUGGAUGAAAGUUUCCUGUUUGUGCAGGAUGAGCUGAGCAGGGAGGAUGUAUCGAGACGACGGAGUAGGACGACUGCCAGCGGACACUACCCGGAGACGCCCAGUCUUGUGUUUUUGGCGGAAAAUUUAAGAAGCUUCCUGUCGGAAGAAUCGUACGUAGACUGCAGUCCACCGCCAGGCGCUCCGAUGCCAAGGAUCCCGCGUAUCACACAGCUGAUUGCAAAUAAACUUUCCACCGACCCGAACACUCACUGGCAGCUGGACUGUUCGGAGGAAAGGGAUGGAGUGCUUCUGCUACGCCACCGUACCCUUCGGAGUUUCGUCCUAUCGAUACAGCUGGCACCACCUCGAACGAAAAACGUACAGAGCGGAAGCAUAACCGAAAAUUGGCGCUUAGAACGCAUCCAAGUGCGCGAAUGUCAGCAAGAGUAUGUCCACUCACCGAAGCUACUGCUAGCGCACAUCGAGUUUAUGCGUGUGGCAAAGGAAACGACCGAAAGGACACUCCGCUCAACGUACCGUACGGUUGGGGCGCUGAUGGGUUUGUGGCAUCGUUUCGAUGAGCUGCUACAGCGGGUGUUUGAUGCUGUUAAUCGGCUGCUCACGAUCAUCCGUAAUAACGAAGCACUGCUGUAUUACGAUGCACAAAUGGAACGAUUCUGCGUGAAAAAAUGUUUCCACCGUACGCUCGACGAUGGACAAAUUGAGGCCAACAUACUGCUCGUUAACUUCAGCUGGAUCGGAAGCAUCGGAGCAUCGGGCGUUAGCUUUAAAUGGCCUAUUGCUGACCCGAGCAAGCUACUACCAUCAGCUGCAACUAGCCAGCAACAAGCGAUCGCUCCCGGUAGCAAUUUCAUGUUGCAGGGCGUUGGAACGAACGAUAAAGCGGGCCUAAUGUUUCUGGAGUGUUUGCUGUGGAAUGUGGCAAAGCAGUACGAAUCGUGA